CGUGAUUAACAACACUGGUUCUCAGUAGGUUUUCCAACACCACGACACAUCCACCGCUAGCACGUUUUCGCUGUAAACAAAAGUUAUAUUAUAACUUCUUAUUCCGCCUGCCCCGAAAAGCAUCACAAUGUCCUCGUGGAAGAAGGCGUCAAAGAGCAACCAGAAAGUGCACAGGGAGCGGCACCAGCCGGAGUCCCGCCAGCACUUAGGUUUACUUGAGAAGAAGAAGGACUACAAGAAGCGGGCCAUUGACGCCCAGCGCAAGGAGAAGACCCUCAAACUGCUGCACAGGCGUGCCCAGAAUAAGAACCCAGACGAGUUCUACCACCACAUGGUGAACGCAAAGCUUUCCAAUGACGAGCACCACGAAAAGCAGAAGGAGGACACGCACACACCCGAGCAGCUGGCCCUUAUGCAGACGCAGGACCUCAAAUACGUGGUGAUGAAGCGCACCAUUGAGCGGCGAAAGAUCGACCGCCUCAAGGCCACUCUGGUGGACGUGGAUGCGGACCCCGGAAAGGCGCCCAACCAGCGCUUUGUCUUUGACGACCAGGGCCGCAGGCAGGCCGUUAGUCUGGGAGAUCGCCUCAAGGAGGCGGAGCAGCAGGUUGCCAAAGGAGCAGCGCCGCCGAACACAGAAAAGCAGCAGCGGAUCAACGAGCUCCGCAAGCGGGAGAUGCGCGAACGGGAGCUCGGCAUCGUCCAGCAGAAGCUGCAGCUGAACCACGCUCUGAAGCAGCCGCGAUUACUCAAGCCAAAGAAAUUGAAGUCGAGUUCCAAGGAUGGAGCGGCGGUCUACCGAUUCCGCUACGAGCGCAAGAAAUGAGGGCUUCUUAGGACUAGGAAAUUGAAUGAAUACAAUUAGUGCUAAUAGCUUAGGGUUUUUUUUUUUUAAUUCUUGUGUUUAUCUGAAUAUUCCACCCUUGACACAAACCACUUUCGUUGAGUCUAAUCGUUUGGUUGGAAGAGGUUCCCGCUAACCAAAUACUUCCACCAGACUUACGAUAUUCAGAACUAAGAUUUUACAAAACAUGUAACAAACAUUACAAAAAUGUAAAAACGUUAAUAUAUUUUAUAACGAUUUUUUGCUGAAGAA